UGAUUUUACUUCCAAUUAGUUCCUAACUAGUUAAAUUAUCAUUUUAUUUUUUUAAUUUUGUUGAACCGGAUUAGUUUUUCUUAUAAAUUAGAUUUUAAUUUUAAUUUCAAUUUCAGUUCAAUUUUUUCUGAUUUCAGUCCGGUUCAAAAAUCGAUCCGCGAUGACCCCUAGUUCGAAGUACGGAAUCCCAACAACAGAAAAUGCACCGCAUAUUUCUUUUUUCUUUUUUUUUUAGAGAAAAAUAAAAGAACAAAAAGCACUGUAGCCCAAAAGCCAUUUUCUUUCUGUCUCUCUCUACAGUACGCACACAAACAACUUUUCUCUCCCCAACAUAUGUUUUCAUCAUCAUGAUCAACCCCCUUUUGAUCUUCUAGUUUGUUGAUAACAGUAAAAUUGAAGAAUGCAGAUGGAGGAAGAUAUACAGAAGAGGAACACAGAUUGUGUGUAUUUCCUGGCCUCUCCUCUCACAUGCAAGAAGGGAUUGGAAUGUGAGUACAGGCACAAUGAGAUAGCAAGAUUAAACCCAAGAGAUUGCUGGUACUGGUUGGCUGGCGACUGUUAUAAUCCAACCUGUGCUUUUAGACAUCCUCCAUUGGAAAUGCAUGCUGAAGGACCACCUGAAUUGUCAUCAUCUUCUGUACCAGCAAACAAGACCAAUGUUCCCUGUUAUUUCUUUUUUAAUGGUUUUUGUAAUAAAGGUGACAGAUGCUUUUUUAUGCAUGGCCCUGAAGCCAAUUCAUUUACUGGGAAAUCUGGCAGUACAUCCUCAGCAAUCAAAGAAAACAUUCCAUUGGAUAGUAAGAUAUCUGGCGGGAAUGAUACUGUGUCUGCACCAACUGAAGUGAAUGCUAAUCCAUCUGAAACAGCUGCAAAGGCAGUAAAGGAUUUGAAACUGCAGCCUUAUGAGGACUUUCAGUUUCCAGCUCCUGAAAAGACAGUAAUGAGAAGUCCCUCUCCACAGAUUGCUGUAUCCCAGUCUGAAGAAGCUGUUAUUCUUAACCCUAGUUUCUUGCUUAAAGUAAACAGCUUUACUGAAAGCAGAUCUCUUGCAUACACAACUCAGAGUCCAGAAGAGGAAAUGGAUGACCAUGUCGAACCAGAGGAGCGAUGGGAGUCGUCUCCAGGUUUUGACGUCCUCGUGGAUGACAAAUCAGAAAAUUUGGAUUAUGAAGAUGACCAAGAGUAUUUACUGCCCCUUGACAUGGAACAAAGAGAUCCAAACAAUUGUUUCUUGGGGUAUGAUUUUGAAAAUCUAGUUGAGUAUGACCAUGCAUACCAUGAUGCAGAAGAUGAUUAUGGAAGCGGGAAGUAUGAUAACACUGAUUUUGCAGAUAAUGUCCACAUCUUCGAUGAUGUUGGAAAUGACUCAGGCCUUUCAAGGAAUUCAGUAACAGAUUCUCUAUUGUCCCAGAAGAGAAAACUUGUGGCUAUGGAACUAUCAAUUAAUGACCAGAGGAUUGUGGAUCUUCGGGACCGCUUGGGGAAAGACAGAGCAAUUCAUGGCCAUACAGUGAUUCGGUCAUCCAGAAGGCACUAUUCUUCUCAUCUGCUUGGUCAUGGUCAGGGAAGGCCUGGUAGUAAUCAGCGGCCACAUGGAAAGUUGGUAUUAGAAGUGAAAAGUACUGCUAUUGAACCACAUCGCAAAAAUGGAAGUCAGUUAUAUGGUGGUAAUGACCAUGGCUGGCUUAGGCACUCACGUUCAAAUAGGUCCAGGCAGCGAGACAAGGAAAGAAGGCUGGCUAGAAAGCAAUCUCUUUCAUCAGAAGUACUAAGGAAACCAGCUUCAAAGGAGAGGAAAUCUAGUCAAGCUUCCACUCAGUUUACAGGACCAAAGACCCUUGCUCAGAUUAAAGAAGAGAAGAAAAAGGCUGAAGAAAAUGGAGAUUAUACUGGAAAAACUGAUAAUUCAAGUAGAAUGGCCACAGCUGACUUUGAGAGUCCUAAGCCUCUGAGUGAAAUCCUCAAGGACAAAAGGAGGCCGAGUUCUGCAUGAGAUUGUGAUGGUAGUAGGUUCAAUAAUUAAAGGUAACAUGGCUGGAAAGAAUAGUGAGCAUUCAGUAAAGAAUUUAUACCUCUUUACAAAGAAGAUAUGGAAGAUGAAAAAUUGCUUGGUGAGUAUUAACAGCAUAAGCGUAUCUUCUUGAAGCUUGAAUGUAACAGAUCUUGCUACUUACGAUUAGUAGAUGAAGGAAAAUCUUCUUUUCCUGCUGCUACUAUAUGAAUAUACGAAGACAUUGGAGAGAAGCUUUUCUGUCUUCUAAACUGCUUUCAUCAUCUCUGCCAAUACACUGUUUCCGAAAUAGAAGCUUAACUAGAGCGUGCUUGUUUCUACUUAGACUCUAAGAGAUACUUUGAUCACUUGAUCCUUGCUAUUGAGCUUCUCCCUAUGUCUUGUAUAGAGCUGCCCAGAAAAAAGAAAGUUAUAUAAUGGGUCAGUACAUUUAUCAGUGAGACUCUAUCAUCUUGCUUCUUCUUUGCAAGGGGUGAUUAAAUCUUUGAAUUGUGAUUCACUUUAUACAACAGGAAUUUUGGCUUGCAUGGGCACACUUGAUAUGUAGCAAUUCCUAUUAGCUCUGUUGAUUGCUUUCUCAGUUGCAUGAAACUGUCCAGUGUAUGAAAGUUGUAGAGAAGCAUCCUUUGUUUCAAAGCAGUUAUAGUGCUUUAGCAAAUAGCUUUGGAAUGACAAAUAUUUUCUUUCAUUUA